CCAACAAUGUCUGACUCUCGACGAUCCCGCGGGGAUUCUUCCAAGCGUAAGAGCCAUCAUGUCUCAGAAGACACGGCACCUCGCAAAAAGCAACAUCGCCACGACAGUAACGAAGACAUGCAACUUGACGGCUCCGAGGCUCAGAACCCCAAAGGCAAAUUUACCCCACGAGACAAAGAUUUCACCUCCGUCAACGACCUAAAGCGUCGCAUUCGUGAUGUUAAGCGCCUCCUUAAUAAGGGCACUCUACCCGCAGAUGCUCGCGUGGUGCAGGAGCGAGCCCUGGCAGGAUAUGAGCAGGAUCUGGCGGACGAAAUAACGCGGCGCGAUCGAUCACAAUUGAUCAAGAAAUACCACUUUGUUCGAUUCCUGGAUCGCAAGACUGCAACCAAGAACCUGAACAAACUCCUCCGUCGCGAAAAAGAAGAAACCGACGCAAAGCAGAAGGCCCGUCUUGAGAAAAAGAUCCACGAGGCCCGCGUCAGCCUCAACUACACAAUCUACUACCCCCUCACCGAGAAAUACCUGUCGCUCUACCCCAAAUCGGAAGAGAAAUCCUCUAAAGAAGCUGGUGCAGAGUCAGGCGCAGAGUCAGAAUCCAAGGAUAAGAAACAAGAGAAAGGCGCUAAACCUCCGCUCUGGGCAGUGGUGGAGAAGUGUAUGGCAGAUAAUACCAUGGAUCUGCUCCGUGAGGGCAAGUUGAACAUUGCAUUCGAUGGCCAGCCAAUCGCCAUCCCAGAAAAGCCAGCGCAAGAUGCCAAAGGAAAGAAAAGCAAAAAGAAGGAGUCCGAUGAAGCUCAAUAUGGCUCGAGAAGGGAAAGACGUGCUGCGGCGAACGCUGUGCCCAACGGUAGACGGGACCACAAGGACUACUACGGCCGCGAGAGAGAUCGCCUGCAAGAUGUGGCACCUGUCCAACACACAAACAUUGCGGACGAUAGUGAUGGCGGAUUUUUUGACGAGUAA